AUGGCAUCGCAAGCCCUUCCCCCCCACAAGGUCAUCCCCGGCACCGGCGGCACAAUUGUGGUUGACGCCUUCCGUUACGCGCAUCCUGGCAUAAAAGCUUACUUCCUCACGCACGCUCACAGCGACCACUACACGGGUCUGAGUGACAGCUGGUGCUGCGGCCCGAUCUAUUGCUCCGAAACCACCGCCCGCCUGGUGGCGCACCUUUGCGGCGUGGAUCCCGCAUACCUGAAGCCGCUCCCCAUGAGGCAGCCGGUGAUGGUGGCGGAGUCUGGUUGCCCUCCACCUCCACCUCCACCUCCACCUCCACCUCCACCUCCACCUCCACCUCCACCUCCACCUCCACCUCCACCUCCACCUCCACCUCCACCUCCACCUCCACCUCCACCUCCACCUCCACCUCCACCUCCAAACCCUCCCCGGUGUGCACCAGGUGUGGAGGUGACGCUGGUGGAUGCCAACCACUGCCCCGGGGCCGUACAGCUGCUCUUCCGACUGCCCGCCAGCGGCGCCCGCUACCUCCACACGGGCGACAUGCGCUUCUGCGCCGCCAUGGCCACCUGCCCGCUGCUGGCCGCGUGGAGGGGCUGCGAGGCCGUGCUCCUGGACACCACCUACUGCAGCCCCAAGCACACCUUUCCGCUACAGGUACUGGGGUUGGGGGUGUGGCCAGGGCGUCAGGUACUGGCGGAGGAGUCCGUGGACUACUUGGUGAGCACGCUGGGGACGUUGCUAGACGAGGAUGGCAGGGCUGCGGCUGCGGCGGCGGAGGAAGCGGCAGUGGCAGUGGCGGCGGGGCGUGGUGAUGGUGGUGGUGAUGGUGGCUGUUUGACAGCAGCAGCAGGAGAGACAGCGGGGAGGAUGCUAUCGCAAGUUGCAGCAGAAGCAGGAGCAGGAGCAACGCCAGCAGCGGCUGCAGUGCCUGCGGUUGUUCUAAGCGGGCCCGCGGUUGGCAGUGGCGGCAAUGGCGGUGCCGGUGGUGUGGAAGACCCCGCCGCCACCACCACCGUUGCCGCUGCUCCUGCUCCUGCUUCUAAUGCUGCUCCGAGUAACUCUUCGGCUUCUGGGAAAGGAGUUUUCACUGUGGGCGGUGGCGGCCGGAUUGCGGAGACCCCGGCAGCGGAGGCAGCGGAGGCAGCGGAGGCAGCGGAGGCAGCGGAGGCAGGGGGGGGGUCGGCGGUGUCUGCUGCUGUGGGUGGCGGAGGUCGCGGAGGUCCUUUCCGGCGGCUGUACCUGGUGUCCACGUACGUCAUCCGGAAGGAGCGAAUCCUGCUGGCGAUUCGUCAACGUUGCGGAGUACGAGUGUACGUCUCCGAAACCAAGCUUGCCGUACUGAGCCUGCUGGGGCUGCCCGAGCAGCAGCUGGCUGAUACGUUCACCACUGACCCGCGGGUCACACCCGUGCACGUAGUGCCUUGGGGCACGCUGGGCGAGACGUGGCCUUUUUUCCGACCCAACUUUGUCAACAUGCAGCGCAUUGCGGAGGAGAUGGGCGCGCCGGCGGUGGUGGGGUUUUGCCCCACGGGUUGGCUGUACGAGAUGAAGCGGACGGCAUUUCCUGUACGGACCCGUGGGUCGCUGUCUGUGCACCUGGUGCCGUACAGUGAGCACUCGAGCUACUCUGAGCUGCGGGAGUACGUCCGCUGGUUGCGGCCCCAGCGGGUCAUUCCGACGGUGGGCGUCGGCGGCGACGAUGGCGAGCGCAACCGAGCCGCCAUGCUCAAGCACUUCCGCACACUCGUCGACGAGACCGCCAGCAAGGCCAAGUUCCUGGCCGGCAUGCGCGGCCGCGCCACCGCCACCGCCGGCGCGGCUGCGGCAAUAAACCCAUCCGGUCCGCAUCCGGCGUUGGCGGAUACGGAGGUAGAGGGCACAGCGACAAUGCCAUGGACGCCGUCCCAGCCGCAGCAGCCGCUCGCCGUACCUCCGGGUCCGAUACCUUCGGAGCGGAGUGUGGGACGGCAGCUGCAGCUGCAUGCGGGUGUUGAGGGGCCGAUGUGCCGGGGCUCGGAGGCGCAACUGCAGAGCGGGGGCCGCGGGGUGUCAGGCAGCCGGACGGCAGCCGGGCGGCGGGGACCAGGGGAUAGGUGGGGGCGGCAGCAGCGGGGCGGUAAGAAGAAGGUCGGCAGUAGCGGCAGCGGCGGCGGCGGCGGCGGGGCAGGAGGCGUGGGGCGGGGUUGUCCGGUUGUAAAAGAGGUGAUCGUCAUUGCCAGCAGCAGCAGCAGCGGCAGUGACAGUGGUAUUUCGGGUAGGGAUGGUGGAAGUGAUGGCUGCGAGGGUGAGGAGCUGGUGCAGGAAGAGGAAGAAGAGCGAGAAGUGAGGAACAGUGGGAGAGCUGCUCGCAGCUGCGAUGGAGGCGGUAGCGGCGGUGACGAUAGCCGCGGCGCUGCGGAACUCGUAUUGCAUUCCGCAGAGAGGCCGACGCCGAUGCUGCCGCCGUCACUGCCGCUACUGCCGCUGCAGCGGCAGCAACACCAGCAGUCUGUGAAGCAGCUAGGGAGGUACGGCAGCGGCGAUGACUGUGGUGGAGACGGCUGUGGAGGUGUGUGUGGUAACCCACACGAGCCCGACUUCAACGGUUUCGGAGCUGGGGAGGCCAACAGCGGAAGGAAUGGCGACAACCAAUGCAGCGGCGGUGGCGGCGGAAGAGGAGGGAGCGGUGAGGGCGGCGGUGGUGGCACCCUUGUGAAGCCGGAGGCGGAGGUGGGAUGUGCCCAGAAUGUCGGCAUCUGCGGGGCGUUGGAGGAGGGGUUGGGGGAGGUGGAGGAGGUGGAAGUGAAGAACGAAGCAGAAGGGACAGGGCCUGGCGGCGGCGUCGGCGGAAGUGGAGGCGGAGGUGGAGGCGGAGGCGGAGGCGGAGGCGAGGUUGGCAAUGAUCGCCCGAGCGGCGAGGCGGGAGCAAGGAGCCGCGGGGAAGCGCCACAAGGCUGCGCCGACACGGGGCCUCCAGAGUCGUCUCAACCAGCGUCGCCGUCGCCGUCGCCUUCGUCAUUAUCGUCGUCGCUACAGCAAUUGAUGGCCGUACUUGGCUCCGGAGCCAACCUUCAGGAAGCGCAGCGGCUUCUAGCAGCCACACGCAACGACGUCGCCGCGGCGGCGAACCUGUAUUUUGAUGGUGGGCUGCCGCCGUUGCCGUCGCCUAGCGUUGGCGUUGGCGGCGGCGGCGGCGGCGGCCGGCGCAGCGCAGGUGCUAAAUCGUCAAUCAGAUCCCGUACACCGGCCACCGCCGCCACGGCUGUUGCGACUGGCGGCGGAGCUGCUCGCCCCAGUAAAAAGGCGCGCUUGUCACAUCCUCAAGGAUCGGCGGCGACGGCGGCGGCGGCGGCGGCGGCCGGUAGAAGCAAGGGUCUCCAGGGAAGGCCCGUCCAGCGCUCCAUUGCGUCGUUCCUUGUACGACCAUGCGGCGGCAAUGUCGGUGGCGUCGCGGGUGCUGCUGGUGGUGCCGCUAACGGCGGUGACGGCACCGUUGGCGGCGGCAGUAGCACCAGCGGUGGCGCCGGGCUCCACGGCAAGGACGUGGCCGUCAGCGGCGGUGCUCCGAUAGGGGUCCACGACACACCGGCAGCAGCCCUGCCCCAAGAGUCCCGCUGUACGGUGGCCGUGGUUGGGGCGGGAGGCGAGGCGACGUCAGCGACGGCGGCACCAUCGGCUGGUGCAGCUGCAGCUCCUGGCCACCAGCACUACCCUUGGGGGACAACCGCAGGCUGCUUGCACACUAGGCCUAUACUCGGUACCGCCCCGACCGCCCCGACCGCCGGAGCCGUAAAUGCCUACACAGCUUUGCUUGCGACGCGGGAAGAUGAGGAUAGAGAGGUGGCGGAGGAGAAGAGGUAUAGCGUCGAUUGUGCAGAGUCGACUGCACCAGAUGAGUUCCUCGCACUGCCCUCCAUGCCACUCUCUGCCGGCGCUGUACCCCAGGGCGGCAGUAAGUCGGAAGCCGGUCCGGGGGUGAGUGCCGGCGGUGUGGCGGCGGCGGCGGUGACGGGGCUCAGCGGGCCGGCGCUGUACGCGCCCCCGGCGGGUGCAUACAUGAAUGUGCCGGCGGCAGGGCCGGCGCUGGACUUCAUUGGUACUCAGUCCGCCGCCCCCGAUGCUGGCCUUGGAUCCGCCGACGUUGCCGCCGCACCGUUACGAAGCCGACGGCACGGCCGCCUGGCGGCAGCCGCCGUGCCAGCGGCGGUGGUGGCGAUACCUCAAUUCCGGGCCGUUUACACAGCUUGCGCCGGUGCCGUGGAUGACCUCUCAGCUGGUGGUGGCGGCGGUUUGGACUGGGUUGAAAGCAUUGGCGCUGGUGACGGCGACGUGGCAGCGAACGACGCUGCCAAAAUACUCUCCGACUCCCGGGGCGACCGUGACGGCGCCGAUGGCGUGCCGUACAGCCGCCGAUGGUGUGGCUUCGUCGGGAGCUGCUGCGGCUGGUGCCGAGUGGCCGACGUGUACGGCGAACACGCAGGACACCCGUCCUCAACCCAAACGUUGCAAGGAUCCCAAAAUCAAAAACAGCAGCAGCAGCAGCAGCAGCAGCACCAGAGGACCCUGCAUUCGUUCCUCAGCAAUCCGCGAGGCGGCGGCGGCCGGAGGGGUACGGCGGCUAAUCGUCACCUGGAGCAUGACUCUGCCGCGGCUGCUGCCGCUGCCAAGAUGCGACAUUCAGGAAUGGCGUCCCACCACCACCACCACCAGCAGCAGGGGCGGCAACCUCAUCCACAGCAACAACAGCAACACCGGCACGAGCGCUCUACGGCAAAUUUGGUUGAAGAUCUGCAGCGCCAGGACCGCCAACUUGGCCACCUAGAGACCCAGACCGCGCAGGCGGCGGCGGCGGCAGUGGCCAGGAACAGCGGCUUUGUAGCAGAGGCCGAGCAACAGCAACAGCAGCUACCGCCGCGACGGCAGCAGCUAAAGCUCACCGUUACAUCCGAAGCCACAACGGCCGCGGAGGCGGGGGAGGAGGAAGAUGCAAACGUAGAGGCCGGGGGCUUAGCCGAGGGGGCCCCCGCCGCCGCCGCCGCCGCCGCCACGGCAGUGCCAGAAACGAUAGCUGCAGCGGCAGCGGCGACGGCAGCACCGGCACCGGCACCGGCACCUCCCAUUGGCGCCGCAUUGGACGAGCUCCGCGCCGCGGUGUUGCUCCCACUCGGCAAGUAUGAUCCUGUACGGCACGCUUGUUGGGGCCCCGCGCGCGCGCCGACGCCGUACCUCCACGUCGCGCUGUCUUUGGCCGCCAUAGACUCCACCCCGAAACGCCUCGCCAUCGCCGACGCGCUUACCAAUAUGUUCCGUUCCAUACUGGCGCUGGCGGCGACGCCGGCGGAGGACUUGGUGGCGGUGCUUUACUUGGUCACUGGACGCAUCGCACCCGAGUACGAGAAGAUGGAGUUAUCGGUUGGCGGCGCGACGGUCAGCGGCGCGCUGAUGGCGGCAACUGGCGUCAGCGCUACGGGGCUGAGGCAGCUGUACCGCCAGUUCGGCGACCUGGGUGACGUGGCGCAGGCCUGCCGCCGCAAGCAGUCGACACUCCGCUCCCCGCAGCCCCUGUUGGUGGGCCGGCUGCUGCAGCAGUUAAGGGCCAUUGCGGCUGACCGGGGCAGUGGUGUGGCGGCCAGGAGGCAGGCGGCCGUGCUGGGCAUGCUGCGUGCCUGCCGGGACUGCGAAGUCAAGUACCUGACACGCACACUUAUAUCGAACCUGCGUGUGGGGGCCAACUGGCGCAGCGUGUUGGGGCCCCUGGGCCGAGCAGUGCUCGUACACCAACAUCAGGCUAAGGGGGAGGAGGAGGCGGAGGCUGCGGCGGCAGACACGACGAGGACUAUGGCGGCGGCGGCGGCGGGUCCGGGCCCGAGUAAUGGGCUGCGUGGCAGCGGUGGCGGUGGCGGUGGCGGUGGCGCGCCCAGUAAGGCGGACCUCGAUUCUGCUGCUGCUGCGGUGGUGGCAGCCUACCAUCUGUGCCCCGACUUCGAGGUGCUGGUGCCCGCGCUGCUGGAGGGCGGAGUGGAGGGACUGAGGAGCAGGUGUGUUUUGACCCCGGGCGUGCCCAUCAAGCCCAUGCUCGCCAAGAUCUGCGGGGGAGUGGCCGACGGGCUGAUGCAGCUAGGCCCGGGGGUGCCGUUCCUGGCGGAGUACAAGUACGACGGAGUACGAGCACAGAUCCACCUACUGCCUGACGGGAGGGUCCUCAUCUUCAGUCGCAAUGGUGAGGACCGCACGGAGGCCUUCCCGGAUGUCAGUUGUGUUUUAGACGCUGAAGUGGUGGCGGUGCAGUGGCUGGGCCCUGGACAGCAGCCGGAGGAGGAGGAUAAGGAGGAGGAUGGAGAGCAGGAGCAGCAGGAGGGUGGUGGCGGGGAGCAGUCAGCGGGGGGCGAGUCGGAGCCCCGCACUGCCGCAGCUGCCCCCCGGAGUGGGGAUGGGGGUGGAGGUGCGGGUGGGGGUGAUGGGAAUGGAGGUGGUAGUAGCCGUACUGCUACCCCAGCCACAGCCGACGUUGCUCCGUACCGCCUCCGUGCCUUCCAGGAGUUGGCCACACGGGCCCGGGGGCCGGUGGAGGAGCACCAGGUUACCGUACAGGUAUGUGUCUUCGUGUUCGACCUGCUGUUCUGGAACGGCAAGGCCCUUCUGGACAGACCUCUACGGGAGCGACGUGCCUUGCUACCCGCCGCCCUGCCGGGGAUGUCCCCGGGGCGAGUCAUGUUGGCAACUGCAGCGGAGAUGGAGCCGCUACGGGAGGCGCCACCACCUCCGGCUCCGGCGGCGGAGAGGAAGGGGAAGGGGAAGGGGAAGGGAGCAACAGCGGCGGCGGCAGCUAAAGGCGGUGAUGACGAGGAUGCGGCGGCGGCGGCGGCAGCGGCGGAGCCAGUACGGCUAUGGCCGGCGCCGGGGGAGCCUGGUGCACGGCGGGUGGAGGACGUGGGACCGGUGCUGGCGGCUGCGCCUUCCGCUCGCCGUCCGGGGCGCGCGGCGGCUGCGGGCGCCGCAGCGGUGCCGCAGCGUGCACCAGCCUCUGCCGCCGCUGCCUCUGCCGCCGCAGGCUCCGACGGUGUCGUAGACCUCGUCGACGACGGCUCUGACGGCAAGGAGGACGAGGCGGCGGCGGCGGCGGCCCCGUCGGCCAGUGACGCUGUGUACGACAUGUUGCUGCAGGCCUUCAACGCGGGUGCCGAAGGUCUGAUGCUAAAACGGCUGGAUGGAGGGGCCGCCUAUGAGCCCAGUCGUCGCUCUGAAAGCUGGAUAAAGAUCAAACGUGACUAUGUGGAGGGUCUUAGGGACAGCGUGGAUGUGGUGCCCAUAGGGGCCUGGUACGGCCAGGGGCGCAAGGUCAAGUGGUUCAGUCCCGUACUGCUGGCGGUGUACGACCCUGUACGGGAGGAGUUUCAGAGCCUGUGUCGCUGCAUGAGCGGGUUCAGUGACGAGUUCUACACAGCGGCCCGGGAGCGACUGGGAGCCGUCACCAUCCCGGGUCCCAAGCCCUACUACAACACGGCCGAGCGCCCCAGUGUUUGGUUCGAGCCCACUGAAGUGUGGGAGCUAAGGGGGGCAGCUGCUUUCGGACUGACCGACCCGCGGUCUGUCGGUGUGUCUCUUGUGUCCCGCAGCUUCAUCCGCGUCCGGGAGGACAAGCGCCCUGAGGACGCCACCACCCCACAAGACAUCUGCGACCUGUACGACAAGCAAACACGCAAGGUGGUGGUGAGGGCGGGGGGAGCAGGGCGCACCAGAAGACAAGACGCCACUUCACGAGGGCACGAGGGAGGCGGCGGCAGCGGCGACAGGGCUGAGACCGAGACCGAGGCCGGGACCAAGCGGGCGGUCACGGCAGUGGCUGGCAGCGGCGGGGGUUUUAAAACCAAGAAACUGACAAGGGAAUGGCCGGCCCAUCGUUCAAUUGGCAAGCUGCUACCGUGGCCCUGUUGUACUCGCUGA